GUUGCUUUCAUGUGUUGUAUAUGUGUGCUAUGUUAUUUAAUUAUGCUGCUGGAAUGAUUGCUUGCGAGUUGUAAUGAUUCAACGUUGGAGGGAGUGAAGGAGUAAUUGAUGGAUGGAGUAUAUCAGUGAGAUUUUUGGAAAACAUAACUGCUCCAUUUUUUGUCCUUUUUUGGUUGUGCUUUCUGUUUUUGGAGAAACAAUUGAGGGAAUUGUCUGCAGCGGGGGGAUUAUUAGGCGAAGAUUUUCCCCUAAUAUGUGCAAAGAAAUUUGGAAAUUAGAAGCCCCCCACCUCUCUCUCUCUCUUCCUUGAUGGUUUUUGUUUUUCUCUUUUUUUUCCGCCCCUUUUGGAGGAGUACUAAUUUUUGGGGCUGUGGUGUCUGAGGUGUUUCCACGUCAUUGAGGAUGGGCAAGCGUCGUUGUGUGUUUUCUGACCCUGGGAGAAUGGGAAAACGUUUGCUGUGAGCGAGUUUCUUCUUGUUUAUUCUUCUGAAUAGGGGUGGGGGGCUUCGAUUUUCUCUAGUUUUUUUAACUUUGAUUUAACUAAAGGAGUAUACAAAUCUGCAGCAGUUUCAGCCUAUGCCCUAGUUUAUGAUGCAUUAGAUGUGCUAGAUUAAUUGAGAAACUCUACCUAAUGAGCCACUAUUUGGAGAUGGAUUGGAAUACUAAGUGGGAUUGGGAAAGCUAUGAUGCAUUUGGUCCAAAAACAACAGAAAAUCCUAAGAAGCUGCAACUAGUGGAUUUGACUAUUAUUGAUGAUAGGGAAAUUGAUGCCGGAUCCUUCAAUCUCUCAGCAGGAGCCUCUGGCUCUGAUGGUGGCCAUGUUUCUUCAGCUAAAAGCUCAAUAUCAGCUUCUGAUUCUUCCACAAAGGAUGGGCAAACCCCCCCAGACUUCAGGCUAAUGGCAUAUGAAGAUAUUUCUGGAAAUUUUAAGAUUACAGAACGUGAAGGAACUAAGAUUUCUGGAACUUCUCCACCUCUGGAAGCUUCCAUUGGCUCUGUAGAACCACUGAUUGGCCUCAAGCUUGGAAAGAGAACAUACUUUGAGAACAGUGGUGCUGGAGGCCAUGUUAAGAGUGCACCUUCUGCUGGGCCUACUGCAUCCACCGCCUCAUUGAAGAAAACUAAAUUGCUGGGUGAUAAUCUCCCGAUGCCUCGCUGUGUAGUUGAGGGCUGCAAUUCUGACCUUUCAACAGCUAAAGAGUAUCACCGGAAGCAUAGGGUUUGUGAUAGCCAUUCCAAGGCCCCAAAGGUGGUUGUUGGUGGCCUUGAACGCCGGUUUUGCCAGCAGUGUAGCAGGUUCCAUAACAUUUCUGAAUUUGACGAAAAGAAACGCAGUUGUAGAAGAAGACUUUCUGAUCAUAAUGCGCGACGCAGGAAGCCACAGCAGGAAAUCCAGUAUAAUUCAAGGCUCUCAUCACCAUUCUAUGGAGGAAGGCAGCAAAUGAGUUUUAUGAUGAGCAAUCCUUCACUUGUACACUCUAGAGCUAUGGGUGAUACAGCAUGGGAUAGCACCAAGUUCACCCUGACCAAAGGGUAUCAUCCUUUGAAGUCUAGUGGAGAUGGGGUUAGCAGAGAGCAGAUGCAUAUACCAGGAGCUAAACUUACACAUUUCACCAACAUGCAAAGCAGUGCAGCUAAAGGAAUUCCCACAUCAAAGAGCUCUGUGGCUGAUGUUUCAAAUCCAGGUUCGAAGUAUUCUCCCCACUUAGAUGCAGCACCCGAGUAUGGUCGUGCUCUCUCUCUUCUGUCAAGUAAUUCGUGGGCUCCAUGUGGAUCAGAAUCCAUGGCUUUGAAUCAAAUUCAAGAAAAUGAAAUCUGCGUAAGUCAGCCUUUACCUACAAUGCAUGGAAUCCCAGAAGGGGUGCCCCUCUCUUCUUCAGAAUUGUGGCUGCAUCAGCUGCCUUCUGCUCAUCCUCCAUUGCCAGGCAACACUAACUUCCCGGAAAUCCAGCUAUUCAUAACACCAUACGAGGAGACAGACUUAUAUUCCAGCAUAAUGAACUGACUACAUUCAAAAGCACAAUCUUGUAGUAGUAUUUUGUAUUUUGAACGCUAGCUGCACAAGAGUCCUCCUUGUUAGUUGAUAAAUUUAUAAGGUUCUUGCCUUCCACAGCAUAUUAUUCUGUUGGUGUGGAGCUAAGGUUGCAAAUUUGUAUGUGUUCUUUGGAUAAUCAACCUUGUUUGUUUGCAGACA